AUGAAAAUCCUCUGUCUGUCAUCCAACGAUUUCACGUCAAUUAAAAGUCAAGAAGGCGGAGAUUUGUCUGAAAGAAAUAGUUUGAUUGGUCGCCAUCUAGGGAGCUCACAGUCCACCCAGAACCAGUCACAGCCCACCCAGAACCAGUCACAGCCCACCCAGAACCAGUCACAGCCCACCCAGAACCAGUCACAGCCCACCCAGAACCAGUCACAGCCCACCCAGAACCAGUCACAGCCCACCCAGAACCAGUCACAGCCCACCCAGAACCAGUCACAGCCCACCCAGAACCAGUCACAGCCCACCCAGAACCAGUCACAGCCCACCCAGAACCAGUCACAGUCCACCCAGAACCAGUCACAGCCCACCCAGAACCAGUCACAGCCCACCCAGAACCAGUCACAGCCCACCCAGAACCAGUCAUAG